CUCGGAGUUUGGCGUGUAAUGACCCUCUAUCCUUCACGGUCGCUCGCGAGCUACCGUUGCAUUCUGCUUUAUCCAGGCUAGUCUAUGUUUUUAUGUUGUCCAUCCUUGUUACUCAGUGUCUUCCCCUGUUCCCCUGGCUCUCCUGCCCCACGUCCUCCCUGAUAUGCCUGAUGAAUAAAACAAUAAAUAUAAUUCUUGUUUUGACCUCUUGCACGUACAGAUUGUCCACAUCCUGCCCCACAUCCUCCCUGAUACACCUGAUGAAUAAAAUAAUAAGUCUUGUUCCCACCUCUCGCACUUAGAUCUACAGAUUGUCCACAUCCUGCCCCACAUCCUUCCUGAUAGUAUACCUGAUGAAUAAAACAUUCAUUCUUGUUUUGACCUCUUGCACUUAUAGAUGUCCACAUCCUGCCCCACAUCCUUCCUGAUAGUAUACCUGAUGAAUAAAACAUUGAUUCUUGUUUCGACCUCUUGCACUUACAGAUGCCCGCAUCUCCUCAAGAUGACGUCAGAAACAAGCGAAGUGAUGGUGUGAGCUCUGUCCAAACUUCAAACACGACUCCCUUGUUUUAGCUGGGCUACUUCGUAACAGACGAAAGAAAAAAACAAACAUGAGGGGCGAUGUUAUAAUUGUGGUUUUGGCAGUUUUCUUGCCAACCAGUUUCGUCACCACAUACAUCAUUUCCACAUCUAACGGUCACGCAGAGCGGGAGUUCCCCUAUAUCAGUGACACAGGCACCCACCCCCCUGAGAGCUGUAUCUUUGGUCUCCUUCUGGCGAUUUACUCCUUUGCAACGCUCAUCACGGUGCACAGCAGAUGGGAGGUGGUUCGCCGUUACCACCAGGACAACAAGUGGAACCAGCUGGUGAAUAAUGCCGCCUUCCUCUGUGGCAUCGUGGCAGCCGGUGGGACCUUGAUCGUAGCCACUUUCCAGGCCUACGACAUCCAUAUAGGAUCGACAUCGUUCGAGUGGGCGACAGCCGGCUUAAUUUCCCUCUACUUCCUCUCCUUCGUGGUGGAGUUUCACCACAUUGACAUUGGACUGCCGGUGAUUUCUGUAACAACCCAGGUGCAGCCACGCCCAUCUUCCUCCUUGACCAGUGGUCAUUGUAAUGUGGGUUACUUGGAGCACUCGGAUGAUGAUGGUACCGUCUUCCAACGGCCGAGAACUGUAGAACAAAAUUGUGUGGAGAAUGGAGAUACUUCAUGAAGAUAUUGAGUGUAAUAGAUUCCUGUUGGAUCGACGCAAGGCACGCUAUAAUAACGUGACUAGCCGUAUAAUAUAUUUUCAUAUUAUGUAUGAGACAGGGAGGGAGAAAGGGAGAGAGAUAACAGGGAGCGGGGGAGGGAGGG